AUGAAACGCAGCUGUGGCGACCUGCUCGAGCGCCCUCUAGAUCCUUGCGAGCUCAGCUUCGCAACUGCCAAGAAAUGUCAGCGCUAUGCUGCUUCGUCGGGCGCCGACGCACUACUUGCGCUGAUGCGCGCUUCGCGGGGCGGCGCGAAGCGCGCCACCCAGCCGACAGAAGAGCGUAAAACAUCGGACCAAGCGCAUGCCGCGUGUUACUACUGUUCUUCUGUACGCGCCACAUCCGCGUGCGCACUCUGCUCCAACCCAGCAUGCGGUGUCUGCUGCGUCGGCUUGCCGGUAUGCCUGAACUGCCAAGUCGAGCAACGAGAAGCGGUCCGUACGAAAUGCUAA